UCCUCAGGAAAGCUGCCCUGCCCUGAAUUCCCACCAUUGCAGGCUCAGGGCUCAAUGACCUUGGGGCCUGCCGAAGGUAGUCACGCCAGCACGCGUCCCACAGUGACCCUACUCUAGAAAUGGGCUCUUACAGGAUGACCUUGCACUGAGCCUUUGUGGAAGAAGCAAGAUUUAAACAUCAAUUCUUCGAUGUGCAUCCUUCUAUUCAAAUUUGACCCCCGACCAGUUUCAAAAAAUGCAUACAGGCUUAUUCUAGCAGCUAAUAGAGAUGAGUUUUACCACAGGCCAUCCAAAUCGGCGGAUUUCUGGGACAGCAGCAAUGAGAUCCUUAGCGGUCUGGAUAUGGAGGAAGGAAAAGAAGGUGGGACAUGGCUGGGAAUCAGUAAGAAAGGCAAGAUGGCAGCCCUGACAAACUAUAUGCAGCCAAAGAUUGAUAAAAAUGCAAAAGGAAGAGGUGCUCUUGUAACAAACUUCCUGACUGCAGAUCUGGACAGCUACUCUUACUUGAAGAAAGUUUCAGUAGAAGGACAUCUUUACAAUGGAUUUAAUUUAUUAGCAGCUGACUUGAAUACCACCAAAGGAGAUGUAAUUUGCUACUAUGGAAACAAAGGAGAGCCAGAACCUGUUUUCCUAAGUCCUGGAAUAUAUGGAUUGAGUAAUUCUUUGUUGGAUACACCAUGGAAGAAACUUCAAUAUGGGAAGCAGCUUUUCACAGAAGUGGUCAAGAGAAGUCAAGACCUUACCAAAGAAGACUUGGUGCAGGAGCUUCUUACAGUGAUGAAUAAUGAAGAGCCUCAAUUACCAGACCCUGCGAUUGAAGACCAAGGGAAGGAUUAUAUACGCCCUAUAUUGAACAAGUAUGCAGCUGUAUGUGUUCGCUGCCCAGGCUAUGGAACAAGGACUAACACGGUCAUCCUCAUUGAUUCAGAAGGACGGGUUACUUUCACAGAGCGCAACAUGAUCAAUGCAAAUGUCAACCAGUGGAAAACAAGCACCUAUGAAUUCCAACUGCACACUUAACAACUUUCCAUUUGAAUGGUUUGUAAUAAAAGCAAUGAGACAACAAGCCAUUAAGCUCCAGUAAAUCUUUUGUGCCAGCCUCAACAAGCUAAAAAUAGCAAGGAAAGCAAAAGCUUAAAUAAACUGGUAGCAUACCCUAUCAGGCUCACAAAUCCUUUGGAUAAAACCAAAAGAAGAAACUGUUUUUACAUUAGCGACUUAUAAUGAGAAAUAAAUUUUUAAAUAUCACCCUGUCUCCAGGGCAAGGCCAUCUUUGCCCAAGACAAAGUCAUUGCUCUUUUGUGGGUGUGGGUUUUUUUGGGGUGGUUUGGUUUUUUUUUUGAAAGAAAAAGAUGUUUUAAGUAGACUCUUAAACGUGUUUUCAGUUCAGAGGAGGGGAAACAUUUGCUGCUUUUACUGUUCUGCGUGAAGGUUUUACCACACUUUGCCUUCCCUUCAACAUAUGCUUUUAAGAUUGUAUAGCUGAUGCCAACAUGCAUUAAAUGAAUGUCGUAUUAACUGCUUUAGUAACACUUCAGCUUUCCAGCAGUGCCGUGGUGCAGUGCUCUGCCUGGGGAGGGCAGAGCAGGGGCAAUCCUCUACAGUUGUUUUCCUACAGAUUGUACAGCAAUAUAUCUUAUUUCUAAACUUGAUUUGAAAGUAGAUAGGAAAUUAAGUUCGGUCUAUGUUCAGCUUUACUCAGUAGAAACUGAAAAAACUCGUGGGAGCAGACUUGCUCAUCUUUGACCGGAAUAAAGUUGUGUUGUGACAACUUGUUUCCUGAUAGUCUAAUUAGCAAUACUGGUUUUCUUUCUUCCCCAGCAGGCGGUGAGGAAUAAGUAUCUGUUUGCAAACAGAAGCUGAAUAUGAAGCUUACAUGUAUCGGUCGUUUUAUACACGUGCAGUUUCAGCUUCACUUCUUUACUGAGAUAAUAUGUCAAAACCUGGAGUGACUGCUCAUAGAUUUUCAGUAAAAAUAGCUAUUUGUUUUAAGGUUACAUUAUUGCAGCCUUUAUAUUGCUGAAAAAGUUGGGUAUUAAGAUGCACUUCGUACGCUCUAACAUCUGUGAGUUAAAAAGCUAUUUAAAUGCAUGCUUCUUUCAAUUAUUCAGUGCCAGUGUAGGUGCUAGAAGAUUCUAGCUAAUACCAAGACAUUGUAAAACCCUCAGUUAUUUUGCUGCUACUGGUGUUGUUUUGACUUAUUUUGAAUGCUGAAUAUUAAGUUAGAAAUGGAUCACUGCUAUCUUUUCUAUAUAUGUGCUCAAUGUAUUUUUUACAAGCCUGAUUAAUAAUUAUUAUAAAAUGGCAGGAUUUUUUGAUACUACUCAAGAUGCGCAACUGCUCUUCUGUACCCAAGCUUGGGUGUUGGAGCAUUCUCGCUAGCGUGUGUGUGUUUGUGUCUGCCCCUAAGGGAUGAAGCGGUAAAUUGGACUCAGGGUUGAGGCCAAGUGCUGUGAAAGGCCAUUCCAGGACAUGCUAAAGCAGCAUUUAGUCAGAUGUCUCUUGUGUAUUUGCAUAGUUGAAUAGCUGCUGGAUACCAGGGCUGCUUGCAUGACUGUCAUGGGUUGUUGGGUCAGUACUGAGUGGCUUUUUGACCACCUUGGUGGUGAGACGAUCGAUACGCGGGUGUCAGGUUGUAUGUGGUUUCGAACCCAGAGCCUGCCUUUCUGAGCUGUAGGAGAUGCAUAGCCCUCUUUUAUUUUUUGAUGGCUGUUUAAACCGUAUAUUUGGACACAAAUGUUAUUGUUAUUUUUAGAUGCAAAGAAAUAGCCAUAGCUGUCUUAAAUGUGAAUUUGACAUGUGCGUAUUCAAAAACAAAACUCUGCUUCAAUGGCUUGCUCUUCCUGAGAGUUUGUGUAUUGAAUGUUUUUGUACCUUAAGAAUAAAAUUGCCAGAGUAUAUUUGAACAAGACAUUAUCUCUGAAGGCGUUUCCUAAAAGGCAAGCAAAAUGCUUGCAUGCCAUUUCUUGCUAAAAGCAUUUAUAAACCAUAGUUCUUAUAGUAGUUCUGUAAUAAUGAAAACUUACUUACUUUUUAUGUAUAGGCAAAAGAAAAGCAAGUCAGAGCUUAGAUAUAAAAACAGAUUAUAAUGUAUUUUGCUUUGCUUGAAUCAAAAUUCUAAAUCUAGGGUUUGCUUUUUCGACAAUUAAACAGUAAAGAACCAAAACCACUAAUGUUGGGGUUGUUUAUUAUGUCAGAAUAGUUAUUAAAGUGAGGUUUUUUAGCUCCUUUUGAAGGAGCCUUCAGUGGAAACAGGAUCAGGACUGCAGUGCAGAUAUCAGCAAAUGGUGCUGCAUCUCCAUAGCAGUGAUCAGGUAUUCAUGAAGUGCAUAAUUUACUGUGUGCUAAUUAUAUUUGUAAUGAGCCCACUGGAAAAAGUAAACUGUAGUUAAAUUUAGCUAAGUUUUAUUUUUUAUAAAAGUACUUUUAGACAUGAAAGGGGGUUUUAAAUAUCAGUUGUAAAGGAAAAAAGGACAUAUAGCGAACUAUUGUAUGGCAUUUUACUAAGUUUGCUUAUAUAUAACAUCCUUUCCAAGUCAUAGAUUUUCAAGAGACUUGUUUCCUGCCUCUUUUCCUAUCACAAUGAUAGUGGAAGAUAUUUUAAAAUAUAUGUAAAAACUUAAUUAUAUUUUUUGCUUAAAAUUGUUUCAUUAUUGUUGUUUACAUGUGUUCAAAGCUAGAAUCAGAAUAAAGUCAAUCUGGUGA